AUGUCGUCCCCACAGGAAAAUGACUAUCAGUCCAAUCAAUACGGUUCAUUCUCCGACUCACCCCGCCCAUCAGCUCGUCCACGCAAUCAUCGUUACAACUCAUCCAAUGUCUCCUUUCUCGAGAUCCCUUCCUCCCUAGGAUCGGAUAAACUCAAGAACCGACAGCCUGACGAACACUCGAGCCUAAUCCAAUCAUCAUCAGGUGACUCGCGUUCAAUCUCCAAGAAUGGAUCCUUAUUACCAUGUUCGUACUACACUGCCGCCGAUCAGGAGCUCGAGCCGGGCUCGGCAGAUGACUUAAACCGACAUCUCAAUGCCUCCCCCGCCAACCAUCGUCUCUCCCAGGGCCGCUUGAUGGGCUCGCUCAAGAUGACUGACUGGAUGUCCACUCACUCGCCCUCGGUUCCAUCGACCCCUCAUGCGGGCCACUCCCGAAGGCCAUCCUACCUAUCGGGCAACUCGCUCGUCACCGAGACCGAACGUCGCUCCAAGGCUCGCCGCUGGAAGAAGAACUACGACGACGAAUUCCAGGAGGAACUCGUCCGACAGUCCGGCAAUGGGAUCCGGGUCUGGUACGAAUCCUACUGUACAAUCGACUGGCUUCACGAAUUGAUCAAGGAAUCAAUCCGGCGUAAAAAACUUGCUCAGCUCCCCGGCUGGUUAGGUACCUUCUCCAGGACUUGGGACAAGAGUCAGGCCUGGGUCUUGGUCACCCUCGUUGGAAUAUGUACCGCUUUCGUCGCCGACCAGAUCGUAUCUACGGAGAUGUGGCUAUUCGAACUCAAAGAAGGUUACUGCGCUAAUGGAUGGCGAACACCGAAGAGAUUUUGUUGCGACUCUCCUGCUUCGUACACCAGGUCAAGCACUCUCGGCUCCAUUGGCCAAUUCAUCUCUUCUGUUUUUGAUCGGUCCAACCUCUUCCCGUUCCUCAACCCACCUUCACCCCAGUCCCCUCACUCGACGGUGGCUCACCCGUUUGAUUUCAACGCGACCCGCCGUGAUUAUCGCUCACCGGCUUUUUCAUCUAAAUCUUUUAUUUCUCAAUGGUCAUUCAAACACCCUUCGUCACUAGACUCUCCCAGCGAAUCUUGUCCAGAUUGGCAUCCUUGGACCGAUCUGUUGUCGCCCCACCAACCUCAAUCAAUAUGGAUCGAAUAUCUCGUUUACAUCUUUUUCUCUCUAUCUUUUGCCGGACUUUCAUCCCUCUUGACCGUGUAUCUUUCCAGAUCAACUCAGAUCCACACCUCCACUUACGCUCAGUCUGAUCACAAUGAUUCAUCCUCAACAAUUCACAACAAUCUGGACGACCCAAGCCCUGUCCCCGAUGCUUCUUGCUCAUCUUACUUCGAUACACUUCCCACCAAUCGGAAGUCUUCGCGUAAUCAACCCUCAUCUACCAAAGUCCCGCCAAAGAUUUCUUAUUUUGCAGCUGGUUCCGGAAUUCCUGAAGUGAAAUGUAUUCUAAGUGGAUUUGUCAUUCGAGGUUAUCUUGGAUUAUCGACCAUGUUAACAAAAGCGGUGGGUCUGGCUCUCUCAGUUGGAUCUGGAUUGACGCUUGGUAAAGAGGGUCCAUUGGUGCACAUUGCGUGUUGCAUCGGCAACAUCUUCACGAGAUUGUUCCCAAAAUUCGAUCGCAAUGAAGGGAAGAGGAGGGAAAUGCUCAGUGCUGCCUGUGCUGCAGGUGUUGCGGUUGCGUUUGGGGCUCCAAUUGGUGGGGUCUUGUUUAGCUUGGAAGAGGUUUCUUACUUUUUCCCCCCUAGGGUCAUGUGGAGAAGUUGUUGGUGCGCUAUUGUUGGGGCAGCUACUCUUCGGGUACUAGACCCUUUCAAGACUGGUAAAACGGUCCUCUUCGAAGUGACAUACGAUCAGCAGUGGCAUUUUAUAGAACUCAGUGGAUUCAUCUUGUUGGGCUUGGUCUCUGGAGUUUUGGGGGCUUGGCUUUCAAAGCUCAAUGUGUGGUGGACGAAGACAUUCAGGAAACUUCCUUGCAUCGACCGACAUCCGGUCUUAGAAGUUUUACUCGUGGCAUUUGUCACCUGUCUACUGGCUUUCUCGAACCGUUUCAUGAAAUUAGCCGGGACCGAACUUGUGUAUGAGAUGCUAGCGGAGUGUCCAAUAAUCGACCCAUCAGACCCAACAGGCAGUUCAAUUUCCGGGGCGUGCAUUAGCGAUCCCAAAGAUACCGCACAGCUAAUCCUCAACAUUGGCAUAGCUGUUGUCCUCAAGUUUUUGAUCACGGUUGUCACCUUCGGGAUCAAAUGUCCUGCCGGACUGUUUGUACCCUCGCUCUGUAUUGGUGCAAUGAUGGGUAGGAUACUGGGUUACUUGGUCGAGUAUGCUUAUCAUUCACAUCCUGAACUCUCAGUCUUCCAAAUCUCUUGCAUCAUACCCGGGGUUUGGGCUAUGGUUGGCGCGGCUGCAAUGUUGGCUGGUGUGACCCGAACUACCUUAUCCUUGGCCGUCAUAAUGGUAGAACUUACCGGAUCCUUGGUCUAUAUACUUCCUAUAUCGAUGAGUGUACUUGUGGCGAAGACUCUGGCAGACACCAUUGAACAUAGAUCUAUAUAUGACCUUUGCAUGAAUCUAUCUGAGCUUCCUUAUCUUGAUGCGAAGUCGGAAUACUUACAUUACGCGAAACCUGAAGACAUCAUGGAUCGUAAUGCGGAAGUGAUCAUAUUGAAUGGAGAGUUAAGAGCUUCAGAUCUGAGGCAAAGCAUCAAGAAUAUGUUGGAAGCACCGCAGCUUGGGAGUGGCUUUCCACUGCUCGAGACAUCAGAGAACGGGGACACGCGGAUCUCGGGUUAUGUAGGUCUGGUGGAACUUGAGCAUUGUCUGUCGACGAUCCAAGGCGACCCGAUUUGCACCUUCGACGGGGCAGACCCUGAUGUCGCUCCCAACGGCGGCCUGUCACCCAACUACGAGCUCCCCGUCGAUUUCGGCUACCUCGUCGAUCAUGCCCCAGUCACGGUGUCGGUCCAGACUCCAAUGGAACUCAUCCACGAGAUUUUUGUACGCUUAGGCGUCCGUUAUCUCGUCGUCCAGAAUCACAAUGGGCUAUAUCUUGGGAUCAUUGAAAAGAACCGUCAUCACACCACCAUCCCCACUCCAAAUGGAAAGGAAGAUGCUCACUUCGAGGCAUUGAUCAUGGGCAGCAAUUCUUGUUUAAGUCUAUCGUCCUUAUUGUUCACCUAG